AUGGAUCCUAAUUUCGGGUUUAACUCCCCGGCCAUGGCCACGGGUGAGCAAAAAGCGGCAUCCCGUUGGGAUUCGUCGCGGGCGGCGAAACCACGGGUGAGCAAGAAGAAGUACAUGACGGCUGCAAAUCGCACCCGCAGUUUGGGUAGGGAUGCCUCGUGGAAUCCAGGGGGUCAGGUGAUUUCUGGUUCUUUGGGGGAAGGAUUAAAUGGGAAUGGGAAUAAGGAAUUUGUGUUUGGUGCUAAGAAAGAUGGCACUGAAAGUAGUUAUUUGAACAGAGCAAAUAGUGAUGGAAAUAUGGAGGACGAUAAAGGAGGUCCUAGUCCUAGUGAUGAAAUGAGAAGAUUGAAACUGCAUUUGAAUGUGAACAAUAAAGAUUGUAGAGAAGAAAUUGGUGAUUCUGGGGGGGUUGAUACACAAAUGCUGUUGACCAAAGAGGUACAAAUGGGAAAAUUUGAUAGCAAUUCUUCAAGUGGAAGUAGUAGUAGUAAUUUGCAGUGUGCAUUUGGUGGUGUUAAACUCUUGGAUGAGACCAGAAAAUUGAAUAUGAAGAAAGAUAGUGUUGCAUUUGGGGGAAUACAUUCUUUAAGCAGAAGCUCUGAGAAUGAACAUCAACCGGAUGAACUGAAUAAUUUACCCGGUGGUGUGGGUGUGGGUGUUGGUUCAAGCGAGGACAAGAGUAGCUUUGUCUUUGGUGGAAAUGGAAACACUGAAACGCAAUUGGAUGAUGAUGUUAGCAAGUCGAACAUUGGAAGAAGGCUUUCACUUUCAGGUCAAGCAACAAAACAUUUGCCACCCGUUCUCACAAAAAUUAAAACCAACACCAAGAGUAGCGAUAUUUCGAAUGGCAAGAGUUGUUCAAGUGUAUUUUCUGGUUCAAUUCCUUCACAAUUCAGUUUUCAGGCUGUGAAGAAAGAGAGUAAGGUCUCUCAGGUUCAUGUUCACAAUCAAAGCAAUACAUUCUCCACCUCUUCUUCCAUAUCCAUAAGUGUUCCUGAAUCACCAGAUAAAGCUAUAAUGCAGCAGCAUCAUGUAGUAGAAUUCACAACACCAACCCUAAAGGGGAGUUUCAAUAGGAAACCUGAAACAAAAAGGAAUCCAACUAAAGAUCUCAGAUUGAAGAAAAAGAAAGGGAAACUUAAGAAAGCCAUUUCUGAUCCAGUUAAGUUUGGACAAGAGUACUUGCAACUGAAUGCAGACUCUUCUGAAUCAUAUCCAGUAAUGGAUAUUUCUCCAUAUCAAGAAACACCAAGAGAAAACACUCUCACAAGGGUAACUUCUGGCAUUUCUAAUGAGGUCAUCAAUCAGAAUGGUAAUUCGUUGACAGACUCACAUCUGCUGGUUUCAAGUGGUACCACAGAUCAGCAUCUUGCUUGUGAAACAGAACACUUGGAUAUUAAUGAUAACCCUAUAAAACAUCAUGAACUUGAACAAGUGGAAUCUUGGGACUCUAUCAGUCAAGGUUCUUUUGCUGAGGGACCUUAUGAAGAAUCUUUUUCUGGAGCCAAGACUGACAACUUCAGAUCUGCUAUUCAUCAUCUAGAUUAUAGUGCUGAGUCCCUUGUUACUGCAGCUGAAAAUAAAAGGAGUUCUAUUGCACCCAUUGAGAAGGAAGAUAGUGAUGGGAGCACUCAUACAAAUUUAGAAGACACAUGCCAGACCAGCUUCAUAUUUUCUGCAUCUUCUACUGAAAGAGUUCAGCCAUCAGUGGUGGUAACACGGCACCAGAAGAAGAAAAGCCAAACAAAAUUACGAAAUGGUCCAAGUAUUUCCACUUCAAGUUCAAAAAUUUCAAAUUCAUGGACUCCUGUGAAAUCUUUUCGAGUUUGUGGAACAUCUUCUUUCUUAUCUCCCAGUCAGGGUCAACAAGGUAAUAUACCUGCAUUGUCAAGCCGAAGCCUGAGCAGGAAUGGAUCAUUUAAGGAAAAAGUGGUCAAGCUAGGAAUUAUGUCUACUGCUGAUGUAAACAUGGCACCUCAUGAAACAUGUGAAAGAUGGCGAUUAAGGGGAAAUCAAGCCUGUGCUAGUGGAGAUUUAUCUAAAGCAGAGGACUGCUACACUCAAGGGGUUAAUUCUAUAUCUCAAACCGAUACAUCUAAGACUUGUCUUCGGGCAUUGAUGCUGUGCUAUAGCAACCGUGCUGAAACACGAAUGUCUUUGGGGAGAAUGAGAGCAGCACUAGAGGAUUGUUUGAAUGCCACUGCACUGGAUCCAAACUUCCAUAGGACCCAAGUCCGAGCUGCUAACUGUUGCCUCGCCCUAGGAGAAAUAGAAAAUGCAUCCAAGUAUUUUAUGAAGUGCUUGCAAGAGGGUAGUGACACCUGUGUGGACAGAAAGCUAUUGGUGGAAGCCUCAGAGGGCUUGGAGAAGGCACAGAAAUUAUCAAAUUACAUGAAGCAAUCUGCAGAGCUCUUAGAAAGAAGAAGAGCCAAUGAUGCAGAGUGUGCCUUGGCUGUUUUAGCUGAUGCUUUGAUGAUAAGCUCUUACUCGGAGAAGUUACUUGAAAUGAAAGCAGAUGCUCUUCUUAUGCUGCAGAAGUAUGAAGAAGCAAUUCAGCUAUGUGAGCAGACAUUUACUUGUGCUGAGUUAAACACUUCCACUUCAGAUUCUGAGCCAGCAAACUUGGAUGCUUCUAACAAACAGAGGAGUGAUUCACAUAGGUUUUGGCGUUGUUUGGUAACUGUCAAAUCCUACUUUCAUCUGGGAAAGCUCGAGGAAGCUGAUAGUUUUUUGAAAAAGCAAGAGAAAUCAGGGUCUCCCACAAAUGGAACCCCAGCUUUGCAAUCUAUUAUACCUUUAGCUGCAACAGUACAUGAGUUGUUACACCUCAAGACUGCUGGAAAUGAAGCAUUUCAGUCGGGGAAGCAUGCAGAGGCUAUUGAAUAUUACACUGCUGCAAUAUCUUGCAGUGUGGAGUCACGCCCUUUUUCAGCAAUUUGUUUCUGCCAUCGUGCUGCUACAUUUCAAGCUAUUGGCCAGAUUGUGGAUGCAAUUGCAGAUUGCAACCUGUCUGUAGCCCUUGAUAGAAACUAUGAAAAGGUAAUUUGUAGACGAGCUUUAUUGCUUGAAAUGAUAAGGGAUUAUGAACAAGCAGCUUCAGAUCUUCAAAGACUUAUUUCCCUUUUAAUGAGGCAAAUGGAAAAUAAAAUUAACCAGUCUGAUAAAACGAGUUUCAUGAAUGAGAUCAGGCAAACUCAGCAGAAGCUUUCUGCAAUUGAGGAAGAAAGCAGAAAGAACAUCCCUUUAAAUAUGUACUUAAUUCUGGGAGUUGAUCCAUCUGCUGCGCAAUCAGAAAUUAAGAAGGCUUAUCGAAAAGCUGCACUUAAGCAUCACCCUGACAAGGCUGGGCAAUCACUACCUAGAAAUGACAACCCAGAUGAUGGGAGACAAAUAUCAGAAGAGGUUCGAAGAAAUGCUGACAGGCUUUUCAAAAUGAUUGGGGAGGCCUAUGCACUGCUUUCAGAUCCUGGAAAGCGUUCACGGUAUGAUUUUGAAGAAGAAACGAGGAAUGGUCAACACGGGCAAUGGAGGCAGCACACACGUUGAUUUUCAAAACUAUCCCUUUGUUGACAGAAGUGGGAAUAGGUGGCAGAAGGGAGAUGUUUGGAGGACAUGGGAAUUCUUAGGCCGAAAACUGGAUGAAAACAAAUGGAUCUUGUGCGUACAUAUGUUGAAGCAACAGAGAAUGAUGCCAGACUGGAACAAGCUUAUAUUGUAUAGUAGUAUAGAUUCCUGAAGUCAAUUAAGCCGGACAGUUUAUUUAAUUUGCUUCAUUCAAGGACUUUACUAUUGCCCACAGAUUGUAAGUAGUUUAUCUGUACGUUAUCUGUAUUGAUGAUUGAUUGUACAUAAGAAGUUUAUUUGUAGAUCCAUGGAGUUCAGAAUUCUCCAAAUUUUAUUUUGUUUUGAUAAA